GAGGGAACGAGCGCAACGUCAUCACAGCGUGCCGCUAACACGCACAGCUAAUCUGUCAGGCAGAAGACAGUCAUGAGCCCGGAAACUCGGCGGCGCGUUAACUCUCGGUGAUAUCCUGCCGGUUUCCAGGCUCUUGUGUGUUGGCUCCGCCCAAUGCCGUGGUGCGGGACGGCCAUGCGUCUAUGAAGCUGGUGAGCGCUGCGUGCAGGCAUCUCUCUCAGUAGAAAAAGGAGCUUUUAUUACAAUCAGAGCAGAGACUGAGUGACCAAGGGAUUCCACUGUAGCAGAAGCAGAUGUGUGACAGCCCCAGUGCAUUAUAUCCCAGCCUGCAGCACAGGGGGAGUUGACUGUUUCCAGGGGUUUUUCUGAGUGCGUUUGUCGCUGACAUAUCCGAUUGAUACUGCUGCCACCAGCACUUUGGGAUCCCUGACACUGAUAUCCUGUAUUCUUAUUAUAGGAUGUAAGAGGCCAGUGACACUCUAGAAACCUAACUACAGAUAACAGGGCAUCUGUCUCGACAUGGACGAUAUCAGCUUAGAUGGGGAACAUGAGAAAACUCCGAACAAUUAUGAAAAUAAGGACUCCCAUGGAUCAACGCAUCCUGUAGCAAAUAGUGAGUCCCCGCUGAGCCAACCAGCAAAGAUGAGCCAACGCCAAGGUAAAGAUGCAUACCUUUCUCCAACCAAAGAUUUGGUCCAGGCUACACUCAGUCCCGGCAUUAUCCACAGCCAUGGUUUUGACAGAGGCAAAGAUGAUGUCUUGCAAAGCAAGGAAGAUACUUCUAUUUCAAUGUCAAAGAGCAAGUCAGAGUCUAAAUUAUAUAAUGGCUCUGAAAGAGAUAUUGCUUCUGCUUCAAGCAAGCUUACAAAAAAGGAGUCUCUUAAGGUUCAAAAGAAAAACUACAGAGAAGAAAAGAAGAGAGCCGCAAAAGAAUUGCUUAGCACGAUCACAGACCCAUCAGUUAUUGUCAUGGCUGAUUGGCUGAAGGUUCAAGGAGCUCCAGCAUCCUUGUGCACCAUCUUGAUACGUGGGACUUUAAAGAGCUGGACCAAACUGUGGUGUGUGUUGAAGCCUGGGGUUCUGCUAAUCUACAAAACUCAUAAAAAUGGCCAGUGGGUUGGUACAGUGCUCCUGAAUGCUUGUGAAAUAAUUGAGCGUCCAUCUAAAAAGGAUGGCUUUUGCUUUAAGCUGUUUCAUCCGCUGGAACAAUCAAUUUGGGCUGUUAAGGGCCCCAAAGGUGAAGGAGUAGGUUCAAUUACACAGCCUUUGCCUGGCAGUUACUUGAUAAUUCGAGCUGCGUCAGAAUCAGAUGGAAGGUGCUGGAUGGAUGCUUUGGAGCUUGCACUGAAAUGUUCUAGUCUUUUGAAGCGCACUAUGAUAAGAGAAGGGAAAGAGCAUGACUUAAAUGCUUCUGCUGAGAAUAGCCAAAUGAGUUUUUAUGGUCUGUUGAGAGUAAACAACCUCCACAGCAAUGACAACUUCCAGUUGAAUGAUAGUGAAAUUGAAAGACAUCAUUUUAAAGACCAAGACACUUACUCUGAUAAGUCUGACAAAGACAACGACCAUUAUCAGGAUGAGUCUGACAAUGACGGACUUGGAAAAAGUGAAGAAAGUGACAGUGACACUUCAGAAAGGCAAGAUGAUUCCUUUGUUGAUCCCGAACUCCCUGAAUUUAUAAAAGAAACAACUUAUACUGAAGAAGCACAAGAGGAAUUGGGAGAGGCUGGUGAAGCAUCCCAAACAGAAACUGUUUCAGAGGAACACAAGAGUUUGAUCUGGACCUUACUGAAACAAGUCCGACCUGGAAUGGAUCUGUCUAAAGUAGUUCUUCCUACAUUUAUCUUGGAACCUCGCUCCUUCUUAGAUAAGCUUUCGGAUUACUACUACCAUGCAGACUUUCUAUCAGAAGCUGCUCUAGAAGAGAACCCGUAUAGUCGGAUGAAAAAAGUAGUAAAGUGGUACCUCUCAGGAUUUUACAAAAAGCCUAAGGGUCUUAAAAAACCAUACAACCCAAUUCUCGGAGAAACUUUCCGCUGUUUGUGGAUUCACCCUAAAACAAAUAGCAAGACCUUCUAUAUUUCUGAACAGGUGUCUCACCAUCCUCCAGUGUCUGCCUUCUACGUUAGUAAUCGAAAAGAUGGGUUUUGUCUUAGUGGUAGCAUACUGGCCAAGUCAAAAUUUUAUGGGAAUUCACUGUCUGCACUUCUAGAAGGCGAAGGGAGGCUAACGUUUCUUAACAGAGGAGAGGAUUACCUUAUGACAAUGCCAUAUGCUCAUUGUAAAGGCAUCCUUUAUGGAACUAUGACUCUUGAGCUUGGAGGAAGUGUCACCAUCACUUGCGAGAAAACAAGCUAUAGUGCCACACUUGAGUUUAAAUUAAAGCCAUUUUUAGGAAGUGAUGAUAAUGUUAAUCAAAUAUCAGGGAAGAUAAAGCUGGGCAAGGAAGUGUUGGCAACAUUGGAGGGGAAUUGGGACAGUGAGGUUUUUAUACAUGACAAGAAGACAGACGUGUCGGAGACAUUCUGGAAUCCCACACUAGAAAUCAGGCAGCGACGAUUAACACGAUGCACUGUGAACCAAGAAGAGCAAGGAGAAUUUGAGUCUGAAAGGCUUUGGAGACUUGUUACUCUGGCCAUAAAUAACAAAGACCAGACAGAAGCAACACAAGAAAAGUUUGUCUUAGAAGAUGCUCAAAGGAAAGCAGCCAAAGAAAGAAAAGCAAAAGACGAGGAUUGGACUUGCAAACUUUUUGAGCAAGACCCACUCACUGGAGAGUGGCAUUAUAAAUACGCAGAUACAAGACCGUGGGACCCAUUAAACGACCUGAUACAGUUUGAAACGGAUGGUGUCAUCCAGACAAAAGUCAGGCAUAGGACUCCAAUGGUUUGUGUUCCAAAGCUAAAACACAAGGCAAGUGGACAACAGAAGAAAGGUGAAAGUGGAUGUUCAUCUCCAGAACUGGAUAACCAGGACUCCUCUGGGAGUGAAGCACAUCUAUUAAGUCAUAGCAAUCGGGUUAGAAAGAAGGGAGCAGACCAUGGAGAACUUCAAAGUGCCAUCAACUCCAUAAAAAAGACCCAAGAAGAAAUUAACAGGAAUAUUAUUGCCCUCCGGAACAGAGUAUCCUCAAACGCGUCUUCGACAGAAAGCAGUUAUCUUCAACAAAAAGACUAUUAUAUCAUAUUCUUCCUGAUUACCCUUCAGAUCGCCAUUAGUUAUUUGUUCAAGUGAAUAAGCCUUGAUAUCUGACACAGUUGGACUGGGACCACUUGUAGCCCCAUGGGAUGUGACAGAGGGGCCUGGUACUUGGCAUAAGUUAUCUGUAUCCCCAGCAGUCAAGACUUGUGAUUAAUAGGACACUGGUCAGAACUGGUUUCUUCAUUGAAAGCAUUUAAAGCUUUAUGUGUAAAUGAUCUGUCGCCAGUUGCUAAACUGUUAUGUGCCACACCACCUUCACAAUCUCUGUGUGCUAAAUGUUGCAAGAUUUUAUCUUCUUGUGUCAUCCUGUUGCUUCAAAAACACAAAUCAUAUAUACACAUAUAUUUACCUACAAGCAACUAUAUUAUUCUUAUGUAAUCCAGUGAUUUGUCCUAGUGAUGAUCAGGAACCAGGGUCAUAACCUUAUUUCUCUCCAUAGCUUGUACAAAAGAAUAUUUUAAACCUAGAACCUAAAUAGGCAUGCAAGCAACAGCUGAAAGGCAAUGUUACCCUAACAUUUUAUGUACAUUCAUUGGCCUCAAAAAGUGUCCUUUAGCCUACUGAAGUCCCUAAUUUUAUACUAUUACUCUGAAAAGUGUAGAAUGUUAUUGGGCACAAUAUCUGUUUUCUCCCACUAUUUAUUUGCACUGGGUGUAUAAGUUGCACAAACAUCUUGCCUCACACUUCACAUCUUAGAAUUUAGUGUUUUCAGUGGGAUGUAAAUAUUUACUUGUCCCAUACAUUUCAUAGACUAAAAACAAUGUUAACGGAGAUUUAUCCUGAAAACAAAAAAAUAAUAUUCAUGCCGAAAUUCUACAUAUAAACAGUUAAAGGAGAAGUAAAGGUUAAAA